AAAAAGUGUAUCGUAUCUAAGUAUCAGGCAUGGCAGAUAUUUUAACACUUGUGUUUAAGACUUUUAUGUCACAGACUGUUCUAAAGAAGGACCUCACAGUCAGUCCUCCACCAACAACAACCUACAGCUCCCUGGUGGUCGGUGACCACAGCGUCAGCCGCUCAGUGCUGCUGCUUGCGGCCGUGACGGCGGCCUCACAGAGGGGGAUGAAAGUGAUGUUCUUUACCCAAACACAAAUUCAGAGCCUUCCAGCGUCUCUGCAGAAAUGUGUUCCAAAUCUGAGCCCACAGAGUCUAAAGAAAAUCAAAUUUUCCUAUCCCAAGACAGUGGAGGAGCUCCUCCAGCAGAUGGCCAGCCUUCACGAGUCCAUCAACACAUCUCCGACACCUCCCUCACUGAUCAUAGUUGACAGGCUAGAGGGCUUUCUGUGUGGUCCUAGAGAUUGUAGCCACAGUGGAGUUCACCCAGGAGAGCAGUCGUCCAUUGCCCACCUGUCUGCUCUGCUGUUUGACACUGCUGCCUUUCUCACACAAGUCCUGGAGCAGCGGUCUUCGAGCUUGGGCCCCUGCCGCAUCAUUGCCUCUUUCCAGUCAGAAGUAGACACUGGACAAGGCGGCGGGGAGCCUUAUGCAACAGAUCCCAUCCUUGAUAGCCUUGUUCGCUAUUUCCAAGUACGCUGUACUCUGGAGCAAGACAGAGGAUAUGAAGCUGUUGCAGCUGGACUACAGCAGGUGUGGCACAUUUACCUUUCUGGGAGAGGCAUCACAGAGGUCUCUUGUACCAAAGACUGUGAGGACAGGGCAGGUGUAGGCCAGGAGUGGCAGUUGUUGAUUUUUCCUAAUGGUUUAAUGGAGUUUAAGUUGGUUUGAAAAUGUCUGUAUCAAAGAAUUAAGCAGUGGAGAAUUAAUAGAAAGCCAAGUUGCUCAAUCAGAGAGUAGUUUUGCUCAGAGCAAAUGCUAAAUUUCAGCACUGCUUGGCUUCAAAUUUAAGCAGUUGGGUGUUUCCAGUAACUAUGAGAUGUACUAUAGUAUAAAAUGCCUUGGUCACUAUCACAAUUUAUCUUCUUUGUAGAGCAGAUCCUUCUUUUAUAGAUUUCUAUUUAUUGAAUAAAGCACAUUUUGCCUUUUC